UGACAGGGAGGAGGAGUGCCGGGCUGUGGGCGGCUCUUGCAGUGCUCAGCACCUGUUCUUAGUGUAAUAAGUAUAGGGACAGGAGGAAGGAAGUCAGGGACAGCUCUGCUAACCUGAGCCCGGCACAGUGCAGAGAGAAUGUACUGGGAGCAUGCAUGAUCCUUCUCCUCCAUAGAGGACACAUCUACAGAAUGAUGGAUCUGUCAGCCAAGACCCGACUCUGUUACCUUCUGCUGUGUCUGCUCACCUUCCCUUCAAUAGAAGGUGUAUCUGUCUCUGGGACCAGCAAUCCAGGGGAUCAGUCUACCUCCCACUAUGGGGUCACCCCUGCUGAGACUAGGCUGCCAGUCUUCACCCUGGACUACCCCCAUGUGCAGAUCCCCUUUGAGAUCACACUGUGGAUCCUGCUGGCUUCCUUGGCUAAGAUCGGGUUCCAUCUUUACCACAAGCUGCAUACCAUAAUUCCGGAGAGCUGUCUCCUUAUCUUGGUCGGAUUACUCCUUGGUGGAAUAAUAUUUGCAGUAAAUGAAAAGUCUCCUCCAGCGAUGAAGACAGAUGUCUUUUUCUUGUAUCUUCUCCCUCCGAUUGUGCUUGACGCAGGGUAUUUUCUUCCCAUGCGCCCCUUCUUUGACAAUGUGGGCACAAUAUUCUGGUACGCAGUGAUAGGCACACUUUGGAAUGCCUUUGGAAUUGGGAUAUCACUUUUUGGAAUAUGUCAAAUAGAAGCCUUUGGGCUGUUAAACAUUUCAUUGCUACAGUGCUUGCUAUUUGGUAGCUUAAUCUCGGCUGUAGAUCCAGUCGCAGUUUUGGCUGUUUUUGAAAAUAUCCACGUCAAUGAACAAUUGUACAUUUUAGUAUUUGGGGAAUCCUUAUUAAAUGAUGCUGUCACUGUGGUGCUGUAUAAUUUAUUCAAAUCAUUUUGUGAGAUGAAAACAAUUGAGACAGUGGAUAUCUUUUCUGGAAUGGCAAGUUUUUUUCUGGUGGGAAUAGGAGGAGUUUUAAUUGGAAUAAUUUUCGGAUUUGUAGCUGCCUUCACCACCCGCUUCACUCGCAAUAUCCGUGUGAUUGAGCCGCUCUUUGUUUUUCUGUACAGCUAUUUGUCAUACUUAACUGCAGAAAUGUUCCAUCUUUCAGGUAUUAUGGCCAUAACAACAUGCGCGAUGUCUAUGAGUAGAUACGUGGAAGAGAAUGUGUCCCAGAAAUCCUACACUACCAUCAAAUACUUCAUGAAGAUGCUGAGCAGUGUCAGUGAAACCUUGAUCUUUAUCUUCAUGGGUGUGUCCACAGUUGGGCGAAACCACGAAUGGAACUGGGCCUUUGUGUGCUUCACAUUGUUCUUCUGCUUGGCAUGGCGUGCAAUGGGUGUAUUUUUCCUGACUCUGAUAAUCAACCAAUUCCGCACAAUAACACUGACUAUAAAAGACCAGUUUAUCAUUGCAUAUGGGGGGCUUCGAGGUGCAAUUUGUUUUUCUCUAGUCUUCCUCCUCCCUGAUUCUGAUGCAUUUCCAAGAAAGAAACUCUUUAUUACUGCAGCAAUUGUGGUCAUUUUUUUCACAGUUUUUAUUCAGGGCAUUACCAUUCGUCCUCUGGUUGACUUUUUAAAUGUGAAGAGGGCAAAUGCAAAGCAGCAGAUGAUCAGUGAUGAAAUCCAUAGCCGGUUUUUGGAUCACGUAAAGGCAGGCCUCGAUGAUGUUUGUGGUCACUGGGGACACAACUACUACAAAGACAAGUUUAAGCACUUUGAUCAAAGAUAUCUGCGUAGACUACUGAUACGAGAAAAUGAGCCAAAAUCAAGCAUUGUGUCCUUAUAUAGAAAACUGGAAAUUAAGCAAGCCAUUGAGAUGGCGGAAUCUGGCUUGAGUAGGGACCCAUCUUUAUCAUCAUUGGGAACAUACGAAAAGAAUAAAGUAAACGCUCUUUCCCCAUCUGACGUUAAUGAAUUGCGAGAUGUCUUAUCAAGGAACCUCUAUCAGAUACGCCAACGGACACUCUCCUACAACAGGCACAAUCUUGCAAAUGGAACCAGUGAAAAACAAGCCAAGGAAAUCCUGAUCCGUCGGCGACACAGCAUGAGAGAGAGUUUGAAGAAGAAUAACAGUCUUGUAACAAGGAACAGAGCGACUUCUGUUCAGCAAUCCCGGUUUCUGUCUCUACCUGGACACACAAAACUUUCUGAAAGGCCAAGAGGAAAAGAUACACAUUCUUUUAAAGUGGGUGACAGCGAUUCAGAUGGUGGUAACUCCAGCCAGGAUUUAAAUUUUUAUCCCAGAGCCAAAGACAUCUUGCAGGAUAAUAGGCAAAAACGUGCUCCUAGGCUAGAGUGGACUGAUGAAAGGCUUACUAGUCAGACUAAAGACUCCAGUUCAGUAGGUGGCUUACCACUGCAAAGAGGAGUUCGGAAGCCGCUCUUGCCUAAACCAAGGUUUGGAACCUUGAGUGAGGACAAAGGGCCAAUAGAGGAAAGUAGCACUCCAGUUCCACCACCAAGAAGUAGACAUUCCUUGGAAGAUGAGAUUAAGAAGAAGAGACGUGGAGAAAGAAGACCUGAUCCUCGAUUGCCAAAAUAGUAAAAAUCACACCUGUCAAAGAGGCAAAAUAUUUUGCAAAAAGAAGUCGACAUGUUGCAUUGCCAUGUUACUCAAUUCAGUUUUUCUGGAUAUAAUGUAUUUUCUGAUAUUCCAAAAUGAGAUUACUUUUACCACUAUAAAACUUGUUAUCUCUGCGGAUUUUGACUGGUAAACUAAGCAGGUGGUUUUUGCAAAUUCUUUAUUGAAGGCAUUCUGCAUUCAUAAAGAAAAUUGGAAUAUACAGUAAAAAACUACAUUUACAUAGUAAUGCAGUAACUAAGCAGUUUUUCACAGGCACAAAAUAAAUAUCGAAUUAGGUGAUUACCACACCUAGAAUAUCAAUUGAACCAUUUCUACAAAGUGUGGAAAUGUGUAAAUUAAGUUUUACUGGCGCAUGUAUGGGGUUAUUAGUGUACAUACAAACUGAUAUUUUAGCUCAGAAAGUAGUCAACACAAAGAGGUUGAUUUACUAAAGGUAAAUAGACUGGUCACUUUGCAAAGUGCAGUUGCUCCAGAGUUUAGUAAAUGAGGUAAAACUGCAUUUUGCAAAGAGUACUCAAUCACAUAAUAAUAAUAAAAAUAAAAAAAACAGCAUUUUUGUUUGCACAUGAUUGGAUAAUGGAAGUCAGC